CCACGGGCGCAGUCGUCGUCGCGUCCGCAGUGGUAGCGAUGGCUCUCUCCGUGGCCCUGGUCGUGCUGGCGCUGCUCUGUCUGUCUGGCCUGGACGCUGAACCGCGUACUCCAAAGAUUCAGGUUUACUCACGCCAUCCAGCAGAGAAUGGAAAGCCAAAUUUCCUAAACUGCUAUGUGUCUGGGUUCCAUCCACCUGAGAUUGAUAUUCAUUUGCUGAAGAAUGGAAAAGAGAUGCCAGCGGAGAAGUCAGACCUGUCUUUCAGUAAGGACUGGUCUUUCUAUCUUCUGGUGCACGCAAAUUUCACUCCCAGCGCAGGAGAUGAAUACAGCUGCUCUGUGACUCACGUUACUCUCCCUGAGCCCAAGAAAGUUAAGUGGGAUCGAUACAACUAACUGGCAGCAUCAUGGAGGUUUGAAGAUUCCUCAUUUGGAUUGGAUUGAUUGCAAAUUCUGCUUGCUUUCUUGUUAAUGCAUAUAUGCUAUUGUGCUUUAAAAAACAAUAUUUACAUUAACAAAAAUGUCAUCUUUAUAAUUUCACUUUGGCCACUAUUGACGUAUCUGGGCAGGGGGUUACUGGCUGCAUAGGGGUAGGGAGAAUAGAAUUCUUAUGUCCAAUAUUAACAUCAUAAAAAAUUACAUAAAUUUUAUAUAAAAUUCAGAUUUUCCUAUUAAUCUGUGUUAUAACUAUGUUGAUAUUCUUGGUUCACUAAAUAAACAAUGGUGAAACUU